AGCAGAUCAAUGUUAAAAUAACAGAGUAAUGUGCAAAUUAACAAAAUAAACUGAUCCCCUGGUAAGUGGCAACUGAAAUGGGUCUGGAGUCUGGACCACGCAGGGAGAGAGAAGACGAAGCGAAGAAGACCCUCAAUAAUCAUCGCCAUCGUUGGCGCUAUUGCAGUCACAUCGGUUAAAUCAAUUCUCUCUCUCUCUCAUCCCAUCCGGACAGUCUUCGAUCUUGCGCAGUUUGCUGAGAGCUGCUUCUGGUUCUAGUUAUCAGUAUUGAUAUUCAUGGAAGUCAAUUACCAGUCAUUCGAUCUGAAAUUCGUGACUCCCGUAUCUGAAUCGACGAGACCUGAUUCAUGAAACCCCAAAACAUGUUCUUGCUUCUAAUUAUAUGCAUUUCAUGCACAGAUAACUCAAUUAUUAUCCAACUCAUUUGUUGUUGAAGCUCAAUUAUACCAUGUAGAGAGGGAAGCAAGACUUCUAUAUAGGUACUGAAACUCUGGGGAUGAGAUGUUUCUUUGCACAUCAGUCUUAAGUUUCUGCAGAUAUGGUGUUUAGUAGGUUUGCAGAAAUUGUUUCUGCUACAGCAAGUCGUUUAUCAGCCUCAAAGCAGCUUUCUACGGUUUCAUAUGUAUCAACCGAAUCAUCACCUCGAGAAGUUUCUGUUCAUGAUUAUGGUUUUUCUACCUCUGGGCAGAAGAAUAAUUUGCGACAUUCCUCAUCUCUUCAAGAUUUAUCUGCAUAUCGCCAACUUGAUCCAGAAGAAGGCAACCUAAAUCCUGGAACAGAUGGGAGUUUGACCCAUGCGAAACAACCUCAUUUCUUACAGAGAGAAAAUGCCGGGUCAAGCUUUUCCAAGGAGAAGGCAUUGCCUGGAAUCCCUUUUGUACGGAAGAAGUGGGUGCGAGUGAUCACGGUUCUCCUGUGCUUAUUGUUGUUGUUUGCUUUUAUUGUAUACAUGAUACAGUUUAUUUUCCCUAAUUGGUCUCAAGGGGCUUCCAAGUUCUAUGUUGUACUUGAUUGUGGUAGCACUGGGACCCGGGUUUACGUAUAUGAGGCAUCUGUUAAUGACAAGAAAGAUGGAAGUCUCCCUAUUUCAUUGAGCUCGUUACCAGGUCCGCAGAGAAAACAUAGUUUGCAGAGGGGGCGCGCUUACAACCGAAUGGAGACUGAGCCUGGAUUUGACAAACUGGUGCAUAAUAAAACUGGUUUGAGGGGAGUAAUAAAACCACUUAUUAAAUGGGCAGAGAAACAAAUCCCCGAGGAUGCACAUAAGACUACUGUCCUCUUCCUUUAUGCUACAGCUGGGGUUCGCAGGCUGCCAAUUUCAGAUUCAGAAUGGCUUCUUAAUAAUGCUUGGUCCAUUUUGAAGAAUUCACCUUUCUUGUGCCAACGGCAGUGGGUUAAGAUUCUCAGUGGCAUGGAGGAAGCAUAUUAUGGAUGGAUUGCUUUAAACUAUCACACCGGAGUGUUGGGGGCUACACCAAAAAAAGAAACAUUUGGUGCACUUGAUUUGGGUGGUUCAUCAUUGCAGGUUACCUUUGAGAACAAGCAACAUGUGCGUAACAAAACUAGCUUAAAGCUGAGCAUUGGUCCUGUUAACCAUUAUCUCAGUGCCUAUUCGCUAUCGGGCUAUGGUCUGAAUGAUGCUUUUGACAAGUCUGUGGUUCAUCUUCUUAAGAGGCUUCCUGAAAUUACUAAUGCAGAUUUAGUUGGUGGGAAGUUUGAAAUUAAGCAUCCUUGUUUGCAGUCUGGUUACAAGGAGCGAUACUUCUGUUCUCAGUGCGCUUCUAUUUACCAAGGUGAGGGUCCUCUGAUUGGAAGAAAAAAAUUGGACAGAGGAGGAAAACCUGGAAUUCCAGUUCAGCUUAUUGGUGCUCCAAAAUGGGAAGAAUGCAAUGCACUUGCAAAAAUUGCUGUCAAUUUGUCUGAAUGGUCAGAUCGAAGCCCAGGACUUGAUUGUGAAGUGCAACCCUGUGCUCUUGCAGGUAAUCUGCCUCAUCCUUAUGGUCAGUUCUAUGUAAUGUCUGGAUUUUUUGUGGUGUAUCGUUUUUUUAACUUGACUUCCGAGGCAGUACUUGAUGAUGUGUUGGAGAAGGGUCAGGAAUUCUGUGAAAAAACUUGGAAAAUUGCGAAGAACAGUGUUGCUCCUCAGCCCUUUAUAGAACAGUAUUGCUUUAGAGCUCCAUACAUUGUGUUCCUAUUGAGAGAAGGCUUGCACAUUGGAGAUGGCCAAAUUACUGUUGGUUCUGGAAGUGUUACAUGGACACUUGGGGUUGCCCUUUUGGAAGCAGGGAAGGCAUUUUCAACCAGAGCUGAGCUUCCCAGUUACAAAAUACUCCAGAUGAAGAUAAACCCAGUUAUUCUUUUUGCGGUUUUGUGCGUUUCAUUGUUUUUCCUAGUUUGUGCAUUAUCAUGCAUUGGUAAUUGGAUGCCAAGAUUUUUCCGUAGGCUACAUCUCCUCCUUUUUAGGCAUAACAGUGCCUCAACCACAUCUGUUCUCAAUAUCCCAUCUCCUUUUCAGUUUCAGCGGUGGAGUCCUAUCAAUUCAGGGGAUGGAAGAGUUAAGUUGCCACUGAGUCCAACGAUUGCUGGUGCACAGCAGCAGAGAACAUUUGGCAUGGGAAAUGGCUUCAGCAGCAGCAGCAUCCAGCUCACAGAAUCAUCUUCCUUAUACCCCUCUACUAGCAGUGUUUCACAUAGUUAUUCCUCAGGGAGCUUAGGGCAGAUGCCAUUUGACAAUAGUAACAGGGGUCCCUUUCGGUCUCCUCAUAGAAGUCAGAUGCGGCUUCAAAGCAGAAGAUCGCAGUCUCGGGAAGACCUUAUUUCUUCACUGCCUUAGCCACACACAUUUGGUGAAGAUUUUAAUCGUGCCUCUCGAAAAACUUUGGUACAAUUAGGUGAUCCAUCUUCAAAUUACAUCUUGCAUAGAGGAAAUGAAAUCAAAGGUUUCCUUUGAAAGUUUUGCUUAUCUACUCGAAUUGAGGCACAUUCGUUUUUGUUCCAUAUAGAAAUCCAUUCGGCUAAAAUAGAUUUAAGCUUUAGAGUUAAAAUCAUUGACUUAUUUAUAUUCACUAUGUAUAUUUUUUCUGACGAUCUCCAAACAUGUAACUAGCUGCUCAGUUUAUUGUAGAAAUUAUGACAGUAUCAAGCAAAUGAAUGGUCUGUCGUGAUUUCACAUUUUAAACCCCUGAAAUACAGUAGGCAUGGACCACUUUUGUCA